AUGGUCAUUACAACGGGAUUUAACCUGUUUAUUGCAUUCUUCUUCUUGUUGAGAUCCAUAAAUUUGCUGAGGAAAAAAGGUGGUGUUUGGUCUUGGAUAAAGAACAUGGCUAGUCUUUCAGAUAUUGCUGUAUCUGCUGCUAUCAACUGUUUGUCUGCAGUACUAUUUCUGGUUGCAUUUGCAAUUUUACGGCUUCAACCCAUCAAUGAUAGGGUUUACUUCCCAAAAUGGUAUCUCAAGGGCAUAAGAGAUAGUCCAACUAGUUCAGGAACUUAUGUAAAGAAGUUUGUUAAUCUAGAUGUCAAAAUGUACCUAAAAUUCUUGAAUUGGAUGCCUGCCGCCUUAAGAAUGCCAGAACCUGAGCUUAUUGAACAUGCUGGACUUGAUUCUGCUGUGUAUGUUCGAAUAUACCUUCUCGGCUUGAAAAUAUUUUGCCCCAUCACUCUUCUUGCAUUUGGUGUUUUGGUACCUGUUAAUUAUACGGGUGAGAAUUUUGAGGAAAUGAGAGUAAAUAGGCAAGAUCUAACUUACAAUGAUAUUGACAAGCUCUCGAUAUCCAAUGUUGCUCCUGGAUCGAGAAGGUUAUAUGCCCAUAUAGUAAUGGCUUAUGUCUUCACAUUAUGGACAUGCUACGCCCUUUACAAUGAGUACAGGAUUGUAACAAAAAUGAGGCUUCAUUUUCUUGCUGCUGAAAGACGUCGCCCGGAUCAAUUUACAGUUCUUGUGAGAAAUGUUCCUCCAGACGAUGAUGAGUCUAUUAGUGAGCAUGUUGAACAUUUCUUCUGUGUUAAUCACCCUGAUCAUUAUCUUUCACAUCAGGUAGUGUACAAUGCAAAUGCUCUUGCAGAUAUGGUGAUAAUGAAGAAGACUUUGCAAAAUUGGCUUACUUACUACACCAACAAGUUUGAGAGAAACCCUAAUAAAAGGCCAACUACCAAGACAGGUUUUUUGGGUCUUUGGGGAAAACAUGUGGAUGCGAUUGAUUUUUAUACACAACAAAUCGAGGCUCUAAGCAAAGAAUUACAUCUACACAUGUACACCUGUUGUCGGCUUCAUUCUCCCAAAAAGCUUUCCACCACCGCUUAUUGUUGUCGUCGAAUACCGAUUACCAUCAAACACGUUGGAGAAAAGCAGAUGACGUCGAAUCUUCCUUCUCUGAUCAUUACCAGCGACUUUACCACUGCUACUGGUGGUCAAUGA